AUGGAGCAUGAUAUCAUUAUGAAGGAUCAGCUGAAUGGAAUAAUGCAAAGAUUUUCUCAACUUCUACACAAACACUGUAGUGCUUUUCUGCAAAGAAUACGCCAGACUAUCCCACCUAAUCCCAUAGCUGAAGUUAAGCAGCUAUGUGGGUUAGCAGGACCUUUGAUUCUCUCGCAGAUGCUGUGUUUCAUGAUCAAUAUUGUCAGCUCCAUAUUCUGUGGUCACCUGGGCAAAGAAGAGCUUGAUGCAGUGACUCUUGCUAAUGCAGUCAUUUCAGUCACUGGCCUUUCAGUAGGACUUGGCUUAUCUUCAGCAUGUGACACAUUCAUAUCACAGAUAUUUGGAGGUACAAAUCUAAAGUUAAUUGGUAUUGUUCUGCAGCGUGGUAUCCUCAUACUACUACUGGCUUGCUUUCCAUGUUGGGCACUUUUUAUAAAUACAGAGAAUAUUCUACUACUUUUCAGACAAGACCCAAAGGUUGCACGUCUAGCAGAAGAAUAUGUUCUGGUUUUUAUCCCUGCUCUUCCAGCUGCAUUUUUAUAUCAACUAGAAGCACGAUAUUUACAAAAUCAAGGAAUUGUUAAAACACAGAUCAUUACCAGCUUUAUAGCAAAUGUUAUAAAUGCACUCGUGAAUUAUAUCUUUCUCUUUCAACUGGAACUUGGAGUCAUAGGAUCAGCAUGGGCUAAUACUUUUGCACAGUUUUCUCAAGCCACAAUCCUAUUUUUAUAUAUUCGAGUGAAGAGACUACAUGUAAAUACCUGGGGAGGUUGGUCUAUAGAGUGUUUACGAGACUGGAACUCCUUUGUAGUACUGGCUGUGCCAAGUAUGCUCAUGGUAUGCAUAGAGUGGUGGACGUAUGAAAUUGGCAGUUUCCUUGUAGGUCUGAUAGGUGUGGUGGAGCUCGGUGCUCAGUCUGUUAUAUAUCAAGUGGUGACCAUAGCAUACAUGAUUCCAUAUGGUAUAGGUAUGGCUACCAGUGUACGAGUAGGCAAUGCACUUGGUGCGGGGGAUAUUGAACAGGCAAAGAAGUCCAUGAUGCUUGCUUUUCUCAUCACAGCUGUUUUUAUCAUAAUAGACAUAAUCUUGCUUGCUGCGUUGAAGAAUGUAUUUUCAUAUGUAUUCACUGGUGAUGGAGAAAUUGCUGCUCUUGUAUCUGAUGUUAUACCUGUAUAUCUUGUGUUCCACCUAUUUGAAUGUAUUGCUUGUGUAUCCAGUGGAGUAUUAAGAGGGAUAGGACGACAGAAGAUUGGUGCCAUUAUCUUUGCCAUUGGCUAUUACAUACUUGGACUGCCAGUUGCUGUUGCUCUUAUGUUUGCAGCCAAUCAAAGCAUUAAAGGUCUUUGGUAUGGAAUGAUCCUCUGUGGAGUGUUUCUGUCUGCGUUUUUCACUAUCUACCUCCUCAGAGUGAGCUGGAAAGAUAUUGCAUUUGAAGCUCAGGAACGAGCAGGAAUGACUUGCAAGGAGAAUAUUAGUUCAGUGGAAUAUAAUGAAUCCGGCAUUACAUUAUCAAAGGUUACAGCUGAGAAGACUGAAGUACCUCAACAGCCCUCCCAAGAAGAACCAGUGGUCUGCAAUAAACUUUUACCAACAAAAGAAGUAAUUGUCAUACGUGGACUAACUCUGGCGCUGGCCAUUGCUGUGCUCUUAACAGGAGUUCUGGUUAAAGUGUGGACAUCUUACUAGAGGAAGACCCAAGAAGGCUAAUAAACUAGUCAUAGGCUAGGUGUCCACACAGGUUUUUCUGUGGCAUUUUUUGGAAAACUGCCACUGCAGUUUUUGAGCAAAAGUCAGAAGUGGAUCCAGCAGG